AUGAGAUUUUUGAAUGGCAGAAAACUUAUGCCUAUUUUCGUGUGGUUGUAUUUCUACAGUUCAAUUAACAGCGAUGGGUUUGCUGACAAGAUUACGGCCAAACAAAAAUCGCUGAAGAGAAGAUCUUUAGUUGCUCUGUUCUAUACGAGUAACGUGAGCGCGUUUGAGGCACAAACGACCUCGAAGAAGGAAAACUGCAGAUGGUUGAGGGGGAUGAAAUACCAAGCGAAACUCUGCAGAAAUCGCAGCGGACUCGCCGAAAUUCUACAGAAAACGAAGAAACUCGCCAGAAGUUCGUGUCAAACGCAAUUCGAAUUCGAGCAAUGGAACUGUUCUUCAGGCAACACGAAGAAAAUAUUCAAGAAACUCUACAGGGAAACGGCUUUCAUUUACUCUCUGACGACGUCGGCUUUUCUAUAUUCAGUCGCCAAGGCCUGCGCAGAAGGCAGUUUGGCGAAUUGCAAAUGUGCUAGUCAUGGAAAAUCUACUAACGUGUCCGAGUGGCAAUGGGGAGGCUGUGGGGAUAACAGUAUACACGCGAGGGCGUUGACCAAAAACUUUUUCCAGUUGAGAAAAAAGGGUGACAAUUCGAACUUAAAUACGGCACUUAGAUAUAAUAGCGAAGUAGGUAUAAGGGUAGCGAUGGAACACGAAGAAAAAUACUGCAAAUGUCAUGGUAUUUCAGGUUCGUGUUCGAUGAAGAUUUGCUGGAAAAGACUCAAACCGUUUCAAGAAAUCGCCAAAAGCCUGAAAGACGAAUAUCAUCGCGCCCUACACGUCGAACCCGACAACAACACGCCCAAAAUACACCAAGGCUGGAAACGAAGACGAAGUCUACUCUUCGUAGACUACACUCCGGACUUUUGUCCGACAACCACUGGGCGGCGCUGUCGAGAUGAAGAUAACUGCGCGAGCUUGUGUUGCGCCAGAGGAUUUACCACAUCGUUUCGUAUCGUGAAGGAACGUUGCAAGUGUAGAUGGCGGAACGAGACACUUUUUCAAGUCGAGUGUAAAAUCUGCGAACACGAAGAGAUGAUAUACCACUGUCGUUGAUCAAAGGAAAGGUGCUUUUUAAUCAUUUUAAGGAGGCUAAACCGCUUGCAAAAUUUUUUACGAAGCCACAAUAGAGUUUUUUUUGAAAAAUAUUAGGUUGAUGGUUAGAAGCAAAGAAUUUGGGACAAGAGUUAAGCUAAUUGUAAAUAAAAUGUAAUUCUUUUUACAAGAAUUUUCUGUUUUCAUUCAAUUUUAAUGUUUUUUCAUUUAUAAUUUUAGUUUUCCCAUUUAAAAUACGC